CGCAGAAGCCGCUGGUCCCUUGGAGCAGACAUGGCCCCAGGCACGGCACCGCUAUCCGCUUUUUACGAGACACGACAUCCGUCAAGGCUUUACUACUUUCCUACGGCUACAUACAGGCUGAUCAUCGCUAACCUGCAAACAACACAGAGGUGCGAGACAACAGAGAGAAAGUGUGUGCGAGAGAGAGAGAGAGGGAGUGUCGCUUUUGGCACGAGCUUGGUUUUUAUUUCAGCGCGGCUGCUCGGGUUUUUUCCUGGUCCCGGAGCGCGCUCGUAAAUUGAAUCAUGCCCACAAUUUGGAUGGUGAUGCCUCAUAAUCUGUUUGUGCUGGGGGCGACGAUGGCUUAUCCGAAGAGAGCCGUAUGCUGUCACGAUACUACAAUGGCACCUAAUGGCCGGUUUUCUUACCCCCAUAUUACCUCACUUUGACUCAAGCUUGAAUGGCGCUGGUACGUGUGUGGCUUGAGAGUGCACAGGCACUCGAGAAAAAGUGCACCACGUGUGCGCGGGGGAAUGUGACGUGUGGGGUUAUGGAGACGGGAGUGCGCCGAACGGAACGCGCGCGUGCGGCCGCGCAGCCGUCACAGCUUGCGUCCGGGCUGGCGAGGGAGGGAGGGGCUAAGAAGCAACGUCACGGUUGCAACGUCCCGCAAGGCGACGUAUGUCGUGCACAGGGAACGGCAACCGCAAGAGGCUUGUGCCGACAACCGCGGCUUGAAAGAGCGAGCGCGGUGCAUGUGCGCAAAUGAGACGAACGCUGCGGUAGCGGAGUUGACGAGAAGAAGAAUUGAGGGUUGCGUGGGGGAGGUGUGGGCUGGCUUGGGCCACAUGAGGGGCGAUUGAGGGUCGAGGAGGGAAGUGGCUGGAGAUGGAGGCUGCGGUAUGGCUACGAGGAGUCGAUUAUGGCUUUCCGAGGAGAGAGCUCGAAGCAUGCAACCCGUGCGGAUGUGUGUGCGGCGCCGCCACAUCUGCCACGGGGGAAUCUUAUUGUUCACUAAUGUGUACGUCUUUAUGCCAUCGCAUGGCGUGGAGCGUGGGUGCAAAAAGCGUGAACUGUGGAGUCGCUGCGUGUACGUGAGCAUUGUGCCUUGCCUGCAGCCGGUGCGGUACAGUUCUCUGAGCGCCGGAAUUUUGAUCGCAGUUUUUGUUUACCAGGUUUUGAAAACAUAUAGGAUCGGGUUGAAGUCGAGUAUUGAAAGAAUGUGUGGAUGCAUGUGUGCCGGCCUCGUCCCAUCAAGUACGCCCUCGUGCACUGGCAAUGCGGACUAAAGCACUGGCAUGGCGGUUUGCAUGAGCUGCCCGAGUGCGACACGGCUGGGGGGCGCAAAGCCCCCGAGCGCGCGCAAUAAGAGGAUGGCACCGGGAGCUCAACGGUGCGCCUGUCAUGCGGGUGGGCGAUGGAGGCCGUUGCGAGGACCAGGAGCGGGUGUGGUCUGUGGCUCGAGGGGUGCUCAGGGGCACUCCUCCGGGCCGUUGGACUCCUGAAGAAGCGCGAGGUGUGCGUGUGUGGAUUGGGCUGUAGCGUUGCAACGGUCUGUGCUUGGUUGGGUUGAGUUGGGUUGGGUUUUGUGUAGAUGCGUGUGUCGCUGUGGCUUCGUCUAGGGGCUCUGCUUGAAGUGGCUUGCAUGGGAGAUGGCCUGGGGCACUGUGACACGCCUCUCGCUGUGCGGUGCAGUGUGGAGGGAGGUUGGGAAGAGGAGGUGUGUUGUAGGGAAGGGCAGCGGGUGUGCACGUGAUUGGAUCGUGCUGCUGUGCAUGUGGUGGGACGGGAGGGGGAGGUGCUCCCCUCGGACGCCGCCCUGGCCCAAGAGGCGGGGGCGGCGCGGGGCGGGAGCGGGCCGGGCCCGGCCGCGCAUGGGUCUAAAGCGCGGGCCGCCUACGGUAUGUACCUUGCGAAGGACCUCGGUCGGUUCAUCAGUCGUUUGCUUUUGUUGUACGGUGUGGUUGGAUUGGCGGGUUGCAAAACAACAUCCUGUACGGGGCGUGUGUAUGCGGGUUAGCCCCAAUCUGGCGGCAGCCGACCACGUCCUCGACCAUUUUAUUCCUCUGCUAGAAAAGGCAGUGUGUAGAUUUGAGCAAAACUCUUGAAAUUUGAUCUGUAGGGCUGGAGGUGGAUGCGGGCGCCCCCACGGUGGCACGAGGGCAGCAAGACCCAUCCCGGGCACCCGAAGGGCGGGCCGUUGGGUGUGUACGUGUGUGGAAUGGACGUGCCAAUUCUUUUGCGGUCGCGUGCCCAGGCGGUGUGUGUGGAAAGGGGAACCGCACGGGCUAGGCGCGCAGGGCACAACACGGCGUGAGCAAACCUUGGAUCCUGACACGCCCGUGUCUGUGUGCGCCUGGGGCCCUGGCAAGUGUGGGAAAGGAGGACGAGGCUGGCUGGGGCACUUGAAGAUGCGUGUGGGUGUGAGGAAUCCGGUGCAUGAAGUUUACGUACACCGAGGCAUCGCGACGAUAGGUCCGAUGCCGGCACAGACAUACAUUCACACACCUUGAGCGGAGCGCCCGCAACAAUUCGCGGGUCAAGGGGGUGCACAGUUGUUCAUUUGGGCAUGUGCUAGAUCUGGUGAAGUUGGUGGUGUAGCCCUGGAGCUGUGUCGAAAGGGCUCAAAUGUCCCUCUGCGUGCAGGAGAAUUGCAUUAUGGGGGUAGCUUUGAUUCCCCGAAAUUUGUUGGUUUGGUUGCUGAAAUGUUGCGGUAGGUGUUGGUUGAUUGGUGUAGACUACAGCCACAAUGGUGGAUGGUGCCCCGCGCAGUAAUUCUGGGGGCGCGCAUCGGUUGCAUCUUGGUGUUUUCGCUGGUGCGCGGUGUUUUUGAUUGGAUGAUUGAUUGACAAGAAGUUUUGAUACUACGUUUGGGCUGAGUAGGAGUGAUCUGAUCUGAGAGAGCGAGCGAGAGACCUGCCGCGGUACAGGCGGUGCUGACACACACACAAGUCCAAUAACAGUUCUGUGCGGCGCAGGCGAAAGGCUGCUGCUGCAAGACGAUGCUGUAAACACAGAGAAGC